UUGAUCCUGAUCUUCUUUCUGCCAUUUUGGCAUGCCGCAAGUGUCGUGACCGUUGAACCCAUUGCGCUGGCAACAUGGCGACCACGACGGACUCGAGUAGCGGCAACCGUGACAUCAGUGAAUGGCGGUCAAUUGUCACACUCAUUGUAUGUUGUGGUUCUAUUUCCGUUUCAUAUCCCCUUCUGCAUUCCUCGGUGGCUUUACAACGGUUUUCUAGGGGCGCUAAGCUCCAUGCGCAUCAUCUCGCCCCGCAACAAGACUCAGGGGACAAGCUCACCAUGGGUGCGGUUACGCUUCUCAAUGAAUAUUGUGACGGCACCUGUGAUUGCCGAUCUUUUUCUGCUGGCCAUAAAAGCCAUCGGUGGCAAGGAGGUCAAGGAUGGAACCGUUGGAGCGGACCAUAUCCACCCUAUCGAUAUCAUGGUCUUUUUCAUCACCCUCGCCUAUAUCGCCAUAUCUAUCGACGCAUCAGGGCUUAUUCGAUAUCUGGCCUUCAGGGUGCUGCAAUGGGGCGGGAAGGUCGGACAUCGUCUGUUCUUCUACCUCUACCUCUUCUUUUUUGGCAUAGGCAGCUUCGUUGGCAACGAUCCCAUCAUCUUGUCUGGGACAGCUUUCUUGGCCUACAUGACGCGCGUUUCGAGCAACAUUGUUCACCCUAGGGCCUGGAUAUAUACUCAGUUUGCCGUGGCCAAUAUUGCCUCUGCUAUCCUCGUGUCGUCCAAUCCGACGAAUUUGGUCUUGGCUGGCGCUUUCAAAAUACGCUUCAUCGACUACACGGCCAAUAUGGUGGUCCCUGUGAUCAUCACAGCUAUCGUGCUCUUCCCCUUCCUGCUGUAUAUCGUCUUCGCCAGCGAAUCUCUGAUCCCUGUCGAGAUCAAAAUGCACGAGCUUCCGGAAGAUGCAAGGGGCAAAAAGCCAGUAAACCCCAACAUUCCCAAUGCGAGGGGAACGGCAGAACAACAGGAGGAUGAGCCAGGGGAGCAAGGAAAGCUUUUGUCUCUGGAAGAGAUCAUGAAUCCUUUUCUUGACAAGCGUGGUGCGGGGUUCGGGGCAGCCAUCAUGGCAUUGGCUCUGGUCUCAGUUUUGUCUCUUAAUGCUGCGUCACAAAACCUUCCAGAGGGCGUUGUCCUGCAAGUAUACUGGGUGACAUUACCAGCGGCUUUCAUCAUGCUCGUGUGGGACUUGGCAUUUGGCUGGCUUCAUCGCCAUGAAACACGUGAGAUUGCUCGGGAAGGUCGAAAACAAGUUGAAGAAGCAAAAGCGGAGCAGGCACGUCUUCAGAGGGAAGAACUGGAACUCGCCGCUUCCCAGGGAGGGGAUCAAGUGGUAAGCGUCACCGGGAACGACGUUUCCGGCAUUGGAAGUGAUUCAGAAAUCGUCAAAUCCAAAAGCACUACAAUCGAUGAGAAGAAGGAGGCUUCUCUGGAGAAAGAUACACCAUCGACCGAAGCCGCGAUCAAGACCAACAAUUCAGACCAACGAACACUUUCGUCAGUUGCCAGAGAUGCAUACAGAUGGUCACAAGAGACCUUCCCCACCGCUACCGCGGUUCUCUCUCACCUACCCUAUGCGUUGAUCCCUUUUGCAUUUGCAAUGUUCAUUCUGGUUCAAGCGCUGGUCACGAAAGGUUGGGUAGAGGUCUUCGCGAAGGGAUGGGAUCACUGGGUGAACAAGACCGGAGCAGUUGGUGCCAUAGGAGGCAUGGGCUUUCUCUCGGUCAUUCUCUGCAACUUUUCGGGUACCAACAUUGGAACUACCAUCCUAUUAUCACGCAUUAUCCAAUCAUGGCUCAGGCUUCAUGAUGCCAGCGGGAUUCCCAUCAGUGAACGAACGUACUACGCUACGAUCUACAGCAUGGCCCUUGGCGUUAAUUACGGGGCUUUCAGCACAGCCAUCAGUGCCUCUCUCGCCGGGUUACUCUGGCGUGAUAUUCUAGCCAAGAAGCAUAUUCACGUCAGGCGACUUGACUUUGCGCGGGUAAAUCUUCCGAUCAUUGCGAUUGCCAUGAGUGUGGGCUGUGCCGUCCUGAUUGGUGAGAUUUACAUUAUCAGGAGUGACCGGCCUUUUGACAUAGUACCAGUUCUUGAGGAGUAG